AUGGCAGCCAAGGUCAAGAAUCUUAUGAGUGCGGCGCACACUGCAGGCAUUUUUGCCGAUAUUGCAGUGGACGGCCCAGAAAUCGGAACCCUGGUCGCUAUCGUCGAUCGAGCCAAAAAUCUGCCGAAUCGCAAGACAAUCGGAAAGCAAGAUCCCUACUGCGCAGCCAGGUUGGGAAAGGAAGCCAGGAAGACAACAACUGAUGUUCGUGGUGGACAAACGCCAAAAUGGGAUCAAGAGCUGCGAUUUGCGGUUCAUGACUGUCCAGAUUAUUAUCAACUCAAGCUCUCUAUUUUUACAGACGAUAAACGAACAGACUUGAUUGGCGAGUCAUGGAUCGAUCUGAGAUCGAUUAUUGUUCCUGGCGGUGGACAAAAUGACUUUUGGCAAACAUUGACCUGCAAAGGCAAAUACGCUGGCGAAAUCAGAGUUGAAAUCACCUUCUACGACUCUCGACCAAAGCCCGACAAGCCGGUAGCGAAACCAAAGCAGAUUGCAGCAGCUGAACCAGAUCAAGGGUCUGUUAAGCAAAGGACUCCUGUGAAAAGACGUCCUUUGCCAUCGGAUCCUGUCACUGGCGAAGCUCCAUCUGUGUCUCCCCCAGCUCCAGCUCCAGCUCCAGCUCCAGCUCCAGCUCCAGCUCCGGCACCGGCACCGGCACCAUUGCCAGUACCAGCAGCAGCACCUAUGGAAAUACCAGCCGGUUCUGAAAACCGCACACCUCCACGAACACAUGCCAAACAGAUUUCCCACUCGGGCAAUUUUGUCCCAAGUCAAUCGCCUCUGCAAGCUGUCGAGUACAACACCCCGCCUUCCCAUUCAUCCCGUCGUCAAACGGAACAGUAUUCCACAUCCCCGCAUGCGCCCAUGCCGCAGGAAUAUACCACUCCGACACGCGGAGAGGCGUCUCGUCCAUCCCGAAGGUCAAUGAUCGCUUAUGAGGAACCUCGGCAGUACGAUGACCGAGAGUACAGCCCCAGAUACGCUCCUCAACAAGAGCAAAUGGAUCUCCGGGGCCACUACAGCCCUCAGCAAGACUUCUAUGAACAACCACCCGCAUUGUUAGAUGACCCAAGGCAGUACUCUCCAGUAGAGAAUGAGCGACCCCCGCCACCGCCCGCACACCGGAUCAGAGGGAACAGUUCAGGGCAAGAGCUGGUGCCGAGAAGAAGCAUGGAGACGUCGCCAAAUAAGCUUCCACAGAUGAGACAUGACGUUCUGAGACAUGAGGCUCAGAGACAGCAGAUGGUGCCUUACCCCGGACGUCCAGCUUUUCGGGGCUAUGAUUCAGCCCCUGCUACUAAUCAAGCCUCUUCUCCAAACUCGAACGCCUAUGAUGGCAUGCCGAGACACAGCUCUUACGAUGCAAGCUAUGACCCUCACUAUCGAUCUAUGCAGCCCACAGUCGAGGAUGUGCCUGAUGCUUCCGGUGCAUCAGCGCAAAAGUAUACUCAGAAUGGAUCACAGUUCCAACGUUCUGAUGAGCUUUGUUUCGACGAAAACCCAAGCCCUGCGCCUUUAGUUUUGCGACGGUCGCCUGCCCCAGCUCAAUACCGAGAAGAUUAUUCACCAACUCAUUCCCCAAGAGGAUACCAGAACCCCGAGGACUGGCAUGUUGCUUUGUCAUCGUCUCAUGGUCGAAGCUACUCUAGGAGUCCUGUCGAUAAUGGCUACUACUCGCACAAUGGGCAAGGCAAUUAUGCAGGCCAUCCAGCUGAUAUGAACGCUUCGCAUAUGCAGAGCCCACACAAUCAUGCGGCCCCAGCGCCCCCGGCGGCUCUUGUGCCAGGCUUGGACGCAAGUCAGUCUCAAGAACUGACAAACCUCAUCUACGAGGACCGUCGGCACGACCGAAGGCAGCACUCCCAGAGCAUGUCUAGCAUACCUCCUCGAGGACGUCCUAGGAACGAGUCCUUGCAAGGAUAUAAUCAGCUGCCGCCUGACCAAGGGUAUGGGCAGCCACCACCUGAGCACGCGUACGCAGUUCAACCUUACAACCGACGAGCCAUCACCUAUGAUCCACCGGAACAACAAAUUGUGAAGCACCGGGGCGUCUCUCCUGACCCGCGUACCAGCCCGAACCCCCACCACAGAAUCAAGCGCAAGUCAGUCAGUCCUGCGCCUCCUCCACUUGAAGAUCAGAGGAGGAAGUCAGAUAUUCCUUUUGGUCCUGAUUCAUAUGACGCCCUCAACCCCAGUCUUGUGUCAUCUAAAAGUGGGAAAAGCCCUUCGCCGGUCUUUAUGGACGACGAGCCAAAGAAGAUUAUCACAUAUGAUGGACGAGAGAUUGACCCCUCCGAUCAUCUUCCUAUGGAGACGUGGGCACCUGAACCAGAGACGAAGAAGCCAGCGUCUGGCAGCGAAACACGUUCAAGACCUCAGUUGUCAGGAGUUAAGCCAAUGCCUCCCAGCAAUCGACGGGCCCCGCGCAAUGGACGUCACUCGAUGUCUGCUGUGAACACGUCAUAUUCGUUCGGCGAUGAAGCUCGCACACCUCCUCAAGCUGGCCGCACUCGCCUCCAGAAGCGAACAAACCGAGUAUCAGCGGACAACUCUCCAGCGGCCUCAAGCCCACUGGCACCAAUUUCUAAGGACAAUUACCAAGAGAGGACGCCGUAUGGUAACGCUUCGCUUCGCGGACUGCCUCGUGCCGGCACAUGGGAUUUUGAAGAUGAGAACCGUGGUGUCUAUGGCGGACCACCGAUCCCAGCCAAGAUUCCUAUGCCAACGAUGAGUGGGGCAAACGGCACUGGCCAAGAACUGGCCUUGGUACAAGAGAUGCAACGUAUUGAUAUUGGGACAGGCAGGUCCCGAAGAAGGGGAGGAUAUUAG